GGCUUAUGGGGCGACAAGUGCAGUUUCACAACAGUAAUAAUAAUAAUAUUAGGUAAUAACGUUGUCAAAAUUUCAAACAUUGCCGUUCUUAUCAGUCGUCUAUAACCGUUAAAAAUUGUAAAUUGGAAUACAGCCGAUUAGGAAUUUAGGAUCUCGUAUAGUUAUAUAGUCGUAUUCUCGUGAUAUAUUAUUGAUAUUCUUCUUUAAUCUAUGAUAUUGAUAUAGCCGGUUCGCGGUUUUCUGUGAAUUGUAAUGCCGCACGCCCGUACUCGUUAUGCAGUACCUACCUACUUAGUAUUCGUCAACCGUACGGAUAUUUGAAUAUCGUGUUUUCCGUGUCCGAUGGUCUCAGCGUCCUCGAUCUCCAUUGUCGUUGACCGUUGUAAAUUGUAAUACCCACCCGUGGAUGUCGAACCCUACCGGACGUGAACGAAUCGAACAACAGGUACUUCCGACCGAACUUUGAUUAUAGACAUUGAUCCAUUCGGCGGCCGCGAACCAGGUAGGUUUUCAUAACGUUUUUCGUCCCACUCGUCCGCAGACUAGUGAUCACAGGCAUACCGUUAGUUGCCAGUUAGUUGUCCAAUUUGGUGGCUCCGUAACUUUCAAUUCUUUCUGGUUUGCAAAGUAGUUGUACGCAAUGACUAAAAUAUCAACAAACGUGUCAGAUGUGUACGAUCGCAUGUCGGAGUCUUUGAACGGCUACAACAACAUCAAGUAUAUGCCGUAUCGCAUUGCCCUGAAAUUGACUGUCUUGCAAAAAUACACAAGCCUGGAUAAAGUGUCAUUGUAUGUUAUAAAUGGUGUUUAUGAACAGCAUAAAGGAAAAAACCUGAAUCUCAUCGAUAAAGUUGUGUUGGAUGAUAUUGUAUCUGAUAUCUAUUUUGCGGUCCAAAAAGAGCACUCAGGCUUAUCCUUUGAUGGAGAAAUAGUAUCUAACGUUUUAGUUCAGUUGUUGGGACAAAUAUUUUCAAAGUAUACAAAUAAACAAAUCAACUUGAGGUCUGCUCUUAAUGUCAUAGCUUGUUUAUCAUGUGAUAGACUUCGUGUACGAUUGGGUUAUAUGUUCCAGUUAAAUUGUCUUAACAAUGAACUUGGUUUAACAAAAGAAUGUUUUAGAAAUUUUUUAAGGGAUCUCAGUUUAUUACUGAACUUUCUUUCAGAAAAAAGUGUGUUUGAGUCCUCCUCCAUUAACAAUAUUAUUGUUAAUUGCUUCCAAAAUUUAAACAACCCAAACUAUAUGACCGAAGCUGAAUUCAUGCAAUGGUUUAUGACUGAGCCGCCAGUAUUAGAAUGGUUACAAAUAUUGUAUAGAAUAAAAAUGGCAGAAAAUGUCAAUCAUGAAGUGAACUGUAAAGUUUGCAAAUUACCUGUGAAAGGUUUACGCUAUUUUUGUCUAAAAUGUGUAAAUUAUAAUCAAUGCCAAAACUGUUUUUUGAUUGGCGCCAUUAACAAAAAACAUAAAUUAAAACAUGCUAUGCAAGAAUAUUGUUGGCUGGAAACACCCCAACAGUUAUACACACAAUACUUAAAAUCCUAUUUAGGAAGAAUUUUUGGUUUAACAUCAAAAAUUAGGUAUCUUCCUGUUGAGAUGCCUAUUGAUGUUAUUGAAACAAAACAAAAUGCUAAGGAAUUCAGUAGUAUCUCAAUUGAUUCCAUCACAGUGAAAUCACCUCGUCAAGAAUUGCAGAGUGUUAUAUCACAAAUAGAAAGAGAAAAUAGACUGUUGGAGAUUGAAGUUAAUACGUUGAAACGAGGUGAUUCUCAGUUUGAAGCGUUUUUAGACCAACACCGGAGCAAAAUCGAAAGACAGUUGAUACGUCUAAAACAAUUAAAGAACCAUUUGAGUGGUACGUUUGGACGUGGAAAGAUGAAGCGUAUGCAGAGCACGCCGCUCAUCAUGUCGAGGCCUGACCGCAAGGGUGACGGAAUCGCUGCCGUCAACCUAAGUCCAAUAUUUUCUGCCGAGGCGUCGUCGCGUGCAGUGCACAGCUGCACUGGUCUGGAUGCACUCAGCACGUUGUACGGCGAGAGGACGGCCGGAGAAGGUUUGGCCGCCGAGCCGAACGAGUUUUCUUACUGGUUGGGCCCGAAAAUCGCCGCCGCCAACAACCGAGAAUUGGAAGGAACUUACAUCGAAAAACCUGACCAAAUCGACAAAGAAAACCACUCUGCGGUGGCCGCUGCCGUGUCAGCCAGAUCCGAGCCCGAACCGUCACCGUCGGUCUUAUCUGACAUCCUGAACAGGCCGUCAGGUGGUGGUGGUAGUGGAGGUGGCGGCGGUGGUGGUGGCGGGCCCAAGUCUCCUGAUAAAAUUUCCAUUACGGUCAACAAACAGUCUUCGGUGUGGCUCAACGCCAGUAGAGACUAUGCCAGAGAGCCAACUGACGACAAGGACAUGGACGAAUUGCACACCGAACUAGAUAAGAUUUUGGACCAGUUACAGAAACUCGUGACUUAGAUGAAAA